GCCCAGAAGUGAGUGCAGCUGACAGUCCUGCACCAAAGUAUUCAGUGGAAACAUUGGCCAUGGCAGUUGUUGCAGGCUCAGUAGCUGCCCUUAUGGUUGGCUUUGUGACAGGAUACUUCUGCGGGAGAAAGUGUCACAAAGAGGAAGAGGAUAACUUGCCAUACCCAGACACUGAAUAUGAAUAUUUUGAACAACGGCAGACCGUUAACAGCCGCCUAGCUCCUGAGCCUAAACUUCUACCCCAGGAGGAGGUAACAUAUGCAGAGCCUGUUUUAGUACCAGCUCCUGGCCCCAACAAACUUAAUUCACCAAAGAGCACAUUGAGGAAAGCUCAUAAUGCCAACCAUGCUGCUGAGACAUUAUUCCAGUUUGCUGACAAUUACACGCCUCCACCCCGGGAUCCAUAUGCACAUCAACGUGGUCGUGACAACUUUGGUACACUGCGCUCUCAUCAGGGAGAUGGCUACCGUAGUGGCCGUGCACCCCCAGGUUCUGGGAUUGUGAGUGAUGGCUUUGGCACUGCCCGUAGUGCCAAAAAGGUGUACCUCUGAGAGGCAGGGGAGGAAGGGAGGGGGCAUCGUAGCCUGACACGCCCACCACGCAACCGGGCAGGCACCGGGGGGGCGAGGCACAGACAGCAGGCAGGGAGUGGUGCUGGGACCUUGGGUGGGUCACAUCCUCUGGCCACAGCCACCCCCCCUUCCAGCUCGUCGUCAUCACCCUCACCCCCUUCCUCCUCCCCUUCUCCCCCUCUUGUCUCAAUGCAUUCCAUGACAAUGGGUGGCAGUCCACCACCACCAUGCAGCUACAUCUACAGAACUUAGCACGUAAGAGAAUUGGCUCCGAAGAGUUUCGUCACAUUGAUGUUGUGCUCCAGUGCAUGGCUUCCAGCAUCUUGUAGCACUGGCUGGCUGGUGGAGAGAACAAGGGUACACUGAGGGAGAGGUGGCCUUUGGUUGGAAGAUCAAAGGACUGCUGUGGGUGCUGAACAAUUAUUCUAAGCUCUGGAAACAUGAAAGAUAUUUACUACAUUGUCAUAGUGAAAUACGAAACAACACAUACAUAGUACGAGGUCAUUAGAAUGUGUGGUUAUGAAAGCUACAUGCGUUUUAAAUAUAAACUCUGUAUCACUUUUUUUUUGUUUGUUUUCUUUUAGCUAGCAGUUAUAAAUAAGAUUAUAGUGAAACCAGGUUACAGAUACCAAGGUAAUUUAAUUUGUAAUGGACUGUGACAUCUGAGACUGUGCAUUGUGUUUGCUGUCAAGAAAAUAUGAAGUGGAAACAGUUUCCUUUGAUGCUGAGAAUUGUAAAUUCAGAAUACUUCAGCAUCAGUGUUUGCUUUUCCUAUUUGGCAAAGCUGUCAGCUGAAACACCUUAAUAUUUAUUAUUAUAUUACCAUUCGAUUGUUCUUCUAUGCAUAAUAUAUCUUCUCACUAUGCUUGUUUAUAAAGAGAUGCCUCUUUAUGUGAUUUUUUAAAAGAGGUUCCUUUCAAAUUGGAAAAAUUUAUUUUAAAAAUGUAUUUUAUCCAGUUAGACAUCAGGUAUCUAUUUCUCAAUUUAUAAGCCUGUGAAUGAAAUGUUUAUGAAUAUUAUUAUGUACCCAGCUUAGUUUUGCUGAUGUGUAAAUAAUAUACAUACACAGAAUGAAAUCAUUAAAUGAAAUAUUGGUGUUUUUGGUAUCUGUAUAGUUGUGAUUGCACAGGUCUGGUUUAUAGUAGUGAUACAAGGAGGAAACAGAAUAUUGGCAGCUAAUUACAUUAAUUAAGAGCAAGACUGAAAUAAGUCUACAUUUUACACAUACCAGCCAACUAUGUCUUUAUUUGUUUAUCCAAGCCAAUAGAUUAUGAGUAGAUACCCAGUUCUUAAAAACAGUACAAAUUUCACAAAGAAAGAAAAAUGGUGAAGAUACUUUUUGACUCUUUAAGAAGUUAAAUUCAGCAACUUUCUUGAUAACAAAGUGUGAAUGAGUUUGUGAGUGGAGUGAAGUGUAGGAGAUAAGUGACUUAUUUUUCUUUUUGUACUCAGGCUUUAUACCAAAGAAAAAAAACAGACUGCACUGUUGAUGCUUGUGUGCAUUAAGUGAUAAUGAUAUGAGAAACUUCCACACAUUCAAUGAGAGCUGUUCCAGGAGGUUCAGUUUUGUACCUACAAUUCGUCCCCUACUGUCAGACAUCUGAAUAUCACCUGAAAUCACAUGCAGCGCAUUGAUUUUGAAGAUGGAGAAGGUAAAAGAGUAGCCCAUUAUUCUGAGGAAGUAAAAUGUGAAAAUAAUUAUAUGUAUUUCACCUUAAUCACUAUCACAAGAAAAUAUAGUUGAGGUACUAAGAUGAUGAUCUUUACAGUUGAGAUGUGUUAAAUUAAUAUAAAUAGCGCCAGUGUGAAGAAAGCAUGCAACAUAGCAAGGGCUUUGCAGUUUGUUCCUUAGUCAUCUGCAAAUAAUGUACAAAACCAGUCUUACAUAGAAUAAAACUUGUGCACAUUUUAAUGGUAUGCAAGUUAAAGAAGGAAAUUUUAAUGCCAUUUUGAUCCUUGUAUUCAUGUAUGGAAUAUUAUAUUUGACUGAGCAGUUAUACUGAUAUUAAAAUUAUAUGAUUUAUACACUGUAUACUGAGCAAGAAUUUUGCAAGUUUUUAAUUCAUUCAAUAGGGAUUGAUUAUUUUAGAAUUCUGUUUUCAUAGUUGCUACCUUUUUACCUUAUUUACACCAGAAACUAAACUGGACACAAUAUAUAAACAUUGUUUUCUCAUAAGAGUGCACUGUGACCAAGCACUGUGCUUUGAAACAAAGAAACCAUGAAAUGUUUCAAACAUUUUCUCAUCAAAACAUUUGAGUUAAGAUAAUACAAUACCAAUUUACUUGUGCCUGGUUUUCUGUCUCUGUUUGAAUUUGCAGCCUUUAGAGUACUGUAUGUUCCAUAGCAAGUUUUAAUUUCUUUAUAGUUUUAAAAUAACACUUAUAUUUUUAUCAUACUAGAAGAAGUACAGUAAGCCACAUUAUAUGAGGCCGGUACAAAAUUAAUUUACAUUUUAUGUUAUGUUCUUCACCGUGUAGGCCUGAGUUCAGUCCCUGUUGACUUCAUAUGUUAUUUGUGGUGAAUGAAGUGGUACUGGAGCAGGUUUCACUCUUACUUCCUUCAGUUUUUUCCAGCUAAUCCUCAUUCAACCAUUGCUCUACACCCAUCAGUCACUACCCCUGAGUUAUGUUAUAGCCAUAAUGAGACAACAAAUUAUCAGUCCUUAAGUCUGGGAAUUCAUCUCUGACCUGGUACUUGGCUGGUUACAGAAUUAGACCUUUUUUAUUAUGAGAUUGACACAGGAAGAAGAGGCAUAAUUAAAGUAACUGCAGUGUGAACGAAAGGCAAAAGGGAAUGUACAUUGUAGAGAAGGGGGUAAUCCAUAGCUGUUGUAGCUUCAGAAAAUAUAUGGUACAAUUAACACGUUUACUGCCACAGCAGUCAUGUCUGCUGCAGCACAUUUGCCUUACUACCACAGAAGCCACUGGUGUCCACUCUUACUUGCUGACAUUUGGCCGCAUUCCACUGCGCCUGUCCAACAUCUGAGGACAUCUCUUGUGUUUAUGUCUGCUGUGGCCUGCAGAUGUCUUGUGUGAGCAUUGGUUUCUGGGAUAUAUUUUAUAAUUGAGCAAAAGUGGCACGAGCAUUAGAAGACUGCCUGUAUGAUAUAAUUAUUAUUAGUAUAGACAUGAUCCAAAUAUCAGCACAGUGAAUGUGAAUAUCGAGUCAAGGCUUUAAAAAUUCAUAGGAUAUAUGAUAUAUACAGUAAGGACAUGCUACACAGCAAUAUUUCUGAAAGAACAACAAAAUAGACACUAAUGCAUUAACAUUUUGUUUAUUUGUAGCUCAUGCAACAGGAUGUAUACUAUGAAGAUUUUAAUAAUUCAGUCUCCCCUUUGUUGAAAUGUAUAUUUACAAUUUUACAUGAAAAUGAUUGUAAUUUGGGUCUUUUAUUUCACAUUACUCGAUAUGAAUACAGAUAAUCAUGGUUCAGCAGCCCCUUGACAAUAUUUUCCAUGGAUUUUUUAAUUUAAACAUGUUCAUUUCUUAUUUUCUUGUAAAGGAAGUGUGCAUUGACAACUGCUAUGCCUAAGACUAUUUCCACUGCUAGUUUUCUGUACCAUAUGACUGACUAUCAGAUAUUUGUUGAACAACUAGACAUCUGAUCCAAGAGAUCAAUUGAAGAUUGCAAGAAUCAUAGUCAUUGAUAGCUUGUGGUUUGGUACUCUUUCGCUGCACAUGAUGACUGUGACUAUCUCAUUUGAAUGGCAAGUGCUAAGGAGUGUGACAUCUCUUUUGUCCUACCAUUUCACUACCUUAAUUCUCCAGUUGCUUUCCAUUGAUACCAAAUUAAACUAUUUCAAUUUUGCACUGAUAACUUCACAUGGAGUUAGUUUUCACUUUGUAUGUUAUGUGCCAAGAAGAUGCAUCACAAUCAAGAACUUUUCUGGCAAGUACCACAGUUGUGUAAGUUUCCCUUCCACAUUGUAGUAGAAAUUUAAAAAGUUUCAAUACCAUGUUUGUCGGGACAGAUGCUGUGGCAUUUCUGCAUCCUGUUGCAUUGACACAUCACUCGUCCACUUGUUUCCAUCUCUAAUGCAACAUAAACUUUUAUUUUAAAAAGUCAUUACAGUCAUAUUUAAAUUUCCAAAAUGUCAUUAAUAUCUUAUUUUAUUUCACUGUCACACCAUGUUUUGGCCCUAUAAGGCCAUCUUCUGGCAACUGAUUGAUUGAAACCGCCGUACUGUAUCAGCUCCUAUGCCAAUACAUUACAUGCUACUACUGCAAGUUGUCAUUUGAGAAUGUAUGUGCACACAUCACUCAUGCUACUUUCGUAUUGCGGCGUCCACGCUGUGUUCCCUAUGUGUGUAGCUCUCCCUAAAUGGGCAUGUAUCCCUUGUAAUGUUCUAUACAUGGGAUACACACCAGCUGCAUCUAAUAUCCUUGAAAGUGCGGUAAAUUGAGGCAAAACCCACAAAGUAUAGAUUUAUACUGUUGAGAAGUUGUGCUCAGGCCAGGUAAGUUACCAAUGUGUGCUCUAAUAAAAAAAUUAUUCCAAAUUACACAAUUAUUGAUAUUUUUAAAAAUGAAAUGCCAGUUUGGCCUGAGAGGAACAAAUUUCAGACUUUGGUAUGGCAGUCAGUGUGUUAAAACGAUGAAAAAUAAAUUAUAUAUUUGUAGAUGGUGCCAAAGAAUUUGUUUUCUGCCAGCAGAUUGUGCAGUCUUAAGCAGUACUUAAACCAAGCCUAAUUAAACUUAACAUGGUUACCAACUAUGCUACAGUCUCAUACAAAUAUUAGCAAAUCUCCAGUUAUUGUAAAUGUGUUGAUUCUUGAAGUCAGGGUUUCAGAUUUCUCACAGAAGAAGUAUGUCAAAUAUCCUGCUGCACAUGAUUCCAGUGGGUUAUGUAGUAAUAUCUGAUAGAAUACAGUCACAUGUUCCACUAAAUAAAAAUUAUGAACAUGCAAAAUGCAACAUAAAAAGAUCACAUUUUCUGAUAUGUUGUGUGGGCCUUUCUUCUGCCAUGUCCUAUGUGACUAAAGUUGCUUCUACUGCCAUGUGGUUCUCCUCUCUCUGUGCUGGUAGACUGAUACUGUCUACCAGUUACAGCAUAAUUGUUGGUUGUGACUGAUGAAGCUUUAUUCCUACUGUUGCUCAUUAUAGCUGUUUGCUAUUGAGAUCUUCUCAAUACACUAAAUAUACAGAAGUAAAUCUGGGGGUGUCUGAUACUUCUAGGUGUUUGAUUUAUAUUUCCUGAUUCACACAAAAGGUUAAAAUAAGUAGGGCAGAUUCUCAGGAAAUGGAGUGUCGGUUGUGUUGUAUGAUUAAACCAGUACAAGAGAGAUGCUCAGAUCUCAGUGCAGUCCUCAUUACUCAGCUGCUGUACAUCAGUUAGGCCUAUACCAAUAGAGUGUUAUGUGCCCAAGAUUAUUUUGAUCCAACCAUAGCCCUGACUCAAGUUUGUCAUAUUUACCUCAGUCCCUCCAGUUUAGUAUCUUAAAUUAGGGCUUGACAACUUCUUUCCUAUCCUUUCUAAUCAGUUAUUUACUGGUCUUCCUGUCAUUUGAUAAAAAUUGAAAGAGUUGUUAAAUAAGUCAUAGGCAAAAGAUAAAACCAUAGACAUGCAAAGUGUAAUUUGUAACAAAAUGUUAUAAUUAUUAGUUGAUUUUCUGUAUCUGCAUUAUAAACUCAGAAAGACACUUAUUUAUUACAUUAACAAAAAUAGGAAGAAACGAAGAGUAAUGAACUGGAGACAAGACUUCACAAAUUCUUAAUUCUAGCACAAGGCCAUCUUCAUGACAUGGAUAAUUUUACUCUGUAAAAUUAGAAAAUGUAAGGAAAACUGCAAUGCCUAUUGUAAGAAUUGAACUUGCAUUAUUUAGUCAUACACAUGACCUUACUCUGUGAAGAACAUGCAUAUUCCACAUUCAUUUAAAGUCUGCAAAAUUGUGGUGGCGCUACAUCCAGGAGGUUGCAUGCUUUCUCAUGUGCAAUUAUUUGUGGUCAGAAAUAUGAAAUAUUAAAUAAAUGCUUAUGAUUUCAACACUGAAGAAUCGUAUAAAUUAUUGUCCAAAUAAAGGCAGUUGAACCCAUCAAGAAGCAUUGGUUUCCAUGCUACAUGGUGUAAUGUUGAUUCACAUGAGUAACAUGUCUGUGAACAGCUGAUAGUUAUUUUUUUGUACAUUAAGAAAAUUGAUACAGACAAGUGUUCUUCAUACAAUACAUUAAGCUAGAGGAAAUUUUUUGUAAACUAGCUUUGCAUUUUGCACAAAGAUAGUAAAAACUUUUAUUUACUUAUUAUGUAAUAUUACACUAUAUAUAGUUCUAAAAUUUCUUCUGAACUGUAUUGUGCUGGUAUGUGUUACGACUCCAUUUUAUUUUGGUAAAGGCAUGUGAUUUGUAAAUAUAAGUGAAAUAACUUAAGAGUGUCAAGACAUAGGAGAGAUUAUUUUGUCAUUCUGAUUUUUAAGUGAUGAAUUUGAACAUUCUGUUACAUAGUGAUGUUUUAAAGCUAAAACAUUGUAUAGAUAUUAAAAGUUUUUAAAUAUGCUUCUUCCCAAAUGCAGGGCCAGCUAAGCUAUUUUGUACUGUAAAAUACAAGUUUUAUAAUGUGAAAAUGUAGAGGCAUAAGAGCCAAGAGCUGUAGCUGAACUGUUUCUCCUGUUUGCCAACAUUUGUGGCAGACAGAUCUGAGGUUAGUCACAUAUUGUCUCUUAAGAAAUAAGUGCCGACAGAAAAUAUUGUUCCCCAUAAGUCAUUGCAAAGUUGUCAAGUACGUACUAUGUGCAAUUAUUAUACAUUAUUCUAAUGUGCAUUAAGUCCGAACAAGUUUACGAUUUUUAACCAUGUCUAGCUAACAAGCCUCGAUAUCUUGCUAUCCCAUUGCGUGAUGCGUGUAUAUAUGGCAUAUUUUUCAUUUUAUGUUGGAUCACCACCUUUAUUUGCUCUUUGUGUCUUUGUCAUGGAUGUGAUUAACCAGACACUUGAUACUAACUUCGUUAUUGCACACUUUCUUAGCCAUACUGCCCUUCCAGAAAAUGUUGCUCUAUGAUAGUAAUAUUACAAACAAGAUGUCAGGCCUUGUAGUUUAGGCAUGGGGUAUUUAGAUAAGACAUGUGUCAUCACUAUAAAACACACAUCACGUUGUUAUACUAGAAAUUAUCUUGCAUUUUAGAGUAGAUAUUUUGGAAAAUGAUUCCAGACAUCAGUGAUUUGGAGAAAACUAUAUUGUACUAAUUAUUAAGUCUUCAGCAAUUCUGUGCAUUAAUGUGUAUGCCAUCUUUAAAGAAACUGUACUGAGAGUGAAGUGAAAGAUUUUAUUCUCCCCCAUUCAUCAAUCACCAUAUCUAUGCUACUGGAAUGUUCUAUGUGAGACAAGAGGAAGGAGGGAAGGGCUAUUGUACUAUACAUCUGCAAAGCAUAGUCAGCAUUUCUCAACUUGUCAUACCCCAGGCAGAGGAAAUAAACCUUAACAUUUAACUGCUUGGGCAGGUUCACGACGCUCUGAUGUGAAAGUCGCCUUUGAAUUGUUAUUUUGAAAUUGGUACAAUUCAGAUACAUAUAGGCCUAUGGAUACUACUACCGAUGCAGGAUUUUAAAUUAUUUUUCCAGCUUUUAUAAAAGAGCUGUCAUUGUUAGGCUUAUUGUGCCUGUAGGAUCAUCCUUUCUUAUCAUUCUUGCUGAAAGGUGCAUGGAUAUGGAACAUGACUAACAUUAACUCCCAUCUUGUUGUACGAGUAUAUGGUGCAUUGCAGAUCUCAUUAGAACAUUUUGUAAGAGAAAUCAGGAUGUAGAAAGCUAAUAUGCCAAGUUAUUUUGGAAAUGUGCAAGUCCAAUUAUUUGCAGCAUUCAAAAUGACUAAUAGAAAAGAGUAGUGUUAGGCAUUGUGAGGUUCUCAAGUAGUUUUUGUUAAGUGCCAUGACUGCAUUUAGUGCCAUCUGUUAAACUAUUUUGAAGAAAAAAAUAUGCUGAUGUGAUUGUAACCUCAGUCACCCUAGUACUGAUUCUGUUUCUGUGAAUGUUAACAUGGAACUAAUAUAUAAUACUGCCUAUGUAACUGCAGUGUCAACUGUACAAUUUUCUUUUGUAAACAUAAUGUACUGAACCAGUAAUUAACAAUAAAUGAAUUUGAUUAGGUAA